CAUAUCGAUAAGCAGACAAUUUUGACCUAUAUACUGCCGUGCGUCAAGGAUUUGGUGACUGAUACUUCACAGCAUGUCCGCGCAAGUUUGGCUACCCAAAUCAGCGGGCUGGCACCUAUUUUGGGCAAGGAAGCCACGACCGAACAUUUGUUGCCUCUCUUUUUACAACUCCUAAAAGAUGAGUCUCCUGACGUGAGGCUUAAUAUUAUAUCCAAGUUAAAACAAGUGAAUGAGGUCAUUGGCAUUGAGCUUUUGUCACAGAACCUUCUUCCGGCAAUAGUUGAAUUAGCCGAAGACAAACAGUGGCGCGUGCGACUCGCGAUCAUUGAUCAUAUUCCUUUGCUUGCCAGUCAGUUGGGUGUCACCUUUUUUGAUGAGAAACUUGGAAAUCUUUGCAUGUCUUGGCUAGGAGAUAAUGUGUAUUCCAUUCGUGAAGCGGCAACAGUUAAUUUGAAGAAAUUAACCGAGGUCUUUGGCGUCGAAUGGGCCAAGUCUACUAUCAUACCAAAAGUUUUGGCCAUGGGUACUCACCCAAAUUAUUUAUAUAGGAUGACUACGAUUUUCGCGAUUACGACUAUGGCGCCUGCGGUUACUCCAGAGGUCAUCAGAGAUCACAUCCUUCCGACGGUGAAUAAUCUUGUCUCCGAUCCUAUCCCCAACAUUCGGUUUAACGUUGCUAAAUCCUACGAGGUAUUAAUACCAGUUCUCAAACGGAGUCCCGAAACAGGCGUACUGUUGGAGACCCAAGUAAAACCGGCGUUGGACAAAUUAAGGGAGGAUUCAGAUGCUGAUGUUAAAUAUUUUGCUGAGAAAGCGUUGCUUUCUG